GGCGCCACUAUCGCGUGGCGGCAUUACCUGAUUCUGUCAUUUGUCAUUCCUUCGCAAUUGUAAUUUCGAAAGUUAGUUCACGUUUCGUGUCAACAAGACUUAAAAUGCGUUACGUGGCGGCUUAUUUGUUGGCGGUUUUGGGCGGAAAGGCCUCCCCAUCCUCUGGAGACAUCGAAAAAAUCCUGAGCUCCGUUGGUAUCGAAGUUGACGCCGAAAGGCUCAAGAAAGUCUUGGGCGAACUCAAUGGCAAAACCAUCGAUGACCUCAUCAGCCAGGGACGUGAAAAGUUGAGCAGCAUGCCUGUUGGAGGUGGUGCUGCCGCCCCCGCAGCUGCUGAAGCCGCCGCUCCUGCCGCCGUCGAAGAGAAAAAAGAGACCAAAAAGGAGGAGAAGAAGCCGGAAUCAGACUCAGAGGAUGACGAUAUGGGUUUUGGUCUUUUCGACUAAAAAAUCGUAUAUCUAAGUUCAAACUUUGUUUUAUAAUAAAGACUUUUUAAGAAA